CUCCGCCACCGGGACCGCGUGCUUCCGCCUGCGGCUUCCCAGGGGCUCCGAGCGCUGUCCGCGGGAGACCCGUCCGUUCGCCAUGAGGCCGCCGAAGGUGGUGCCGUGGUGGCGGUUCGCCAAGGUUUCCUUCGGGCUGUACACCGCCGAGGAGAUCAGGAAACUGAGCGUAAAAGCCAUAACGAAUCCUCAGUACUUGGAUAAUGUGGGGAAUCCUUCUAUUAAUGGAUUGUACGACCUGGCUCUGGGGCCUCCUGAUUCCAAAGAAGCGUGUGCAACGUGCAUGCAGAACUUCAGCAACUGCCCGGGCCACUUUGGCCAUAUAGAACUGCCUCUGACUGUCUACAACCCUCUGUUUUUUGAUAAACUGUACCUUCUAAUUCGAGGUUCUUGUUUAAAUUGUCACAUGCUGACGUGUACUCGAGCUGUGGUUCAUUUGCUGCUAAGUCAGCUGAAGGUUCUGGAGCAUGGGUUGCUUCAUGCUGUCCAUGAUCUUGAAGUCAUCUUAAAUAGGUUUUUAGAGCAAAGUGCAGAUGCGACAGCUCUAGAAAUUGAAGAAGAGUUGAAUCACCAUGUUGAUGAAAUAUUGCAAAGUCAAGAACUGAGCGAUCAGUGUUCAAAUGUGAAAAAUGUUUGUGAGUGUAGAAAUAAAUUGAUAUCCCAGUUCUGGAAAGCACAUAUGACUUCGAAGAAAUGCCCAAACUGCAAAUCAAGGAGAUCACUGGUGCGAAAAGAGCAUAACAGCAAGCUGACAGUAACUUAUCCUUCUACAGUGUUACGUAAGGCAGGAGAGGAAGGCAUCGGGGAUGAACCAGCAGCUAUUGAUGAAACUCAGUUAGGGAAGAGAGGAUACCUGACACCAAUGACUGCCAAGGAGUUCGUCUUGGCUCUGUGGAAGAAUGAAGGUUUCUUUCUGCGUUACCUCUUCCCUGGGAUGGAUCCCCAUAAGGACUCAGCUUUCAGCCCAGAUAUGUUUUUUUUAGAUCUGCUUGUGGUUCCUCCUUCAAGGUAUCGCCCUAUAAAUCGUGUUGGAGACCGGAUGUUUACAAAUGGUCAGACUGUGAACCUGCAGGCUGUCAUGAAAGAUGCCACCCUGAUCAGGAAGCUCUUGGUUUUCAUGGCAAAAGAACAAUGCCAGCCAAUUAAAAUUGUGGAAAACGAAAUCCAAACAGAGACAGGUGAGAGUGAUGAGCCUCUGGACCGUUCUGUGCUGGCAACUAUUCCAGGACAGACCAUUGCAGACAAGCUUUAUAACGCUUGGAUUCGUCUUCAGACCCACGUCAACAUUGUGUUUGACAGUGACAUGGACAAAAUGAUGACUGAGAAAUACCCUGGUAUUCGUCAGCUAUUAGAGAAAAAGGAAGGACUGUUCCGCAAGCACAUGAUGGGAAAACGUGUGGAUUUUGCAGCUCGAUCGGUCAUUUGCCCUGAUAUGUACAUAGGUACCAAUGAGAUUGGCAUUCCCAUGGUAUUUGCUACUAAACUGACCUACCCUCAGCCAGUCACUCCCUGGAAUGUCAAAGAGCUGAGGCAGGCUGUCAUAAAUGGCCCAAAGGUUCACCCUGGGGCUUCCAUGGUCAUUAAUGAAGAUGGUUCUCGUACAGUGCUGAGUGCAAGCAGCUUGACCCAGAGGGAAGCCAUAGCUAAGCAGCUCCUCACGCCUUCUUCAGGUGCACCCCAGUCAGGACUGAAGAUUGUUUGCCGUCAUAUUAAAAGUGGAGAUGUCCUGUUACUGAACCGCCAGCCCACUCUUCAUAGACCCUCCAUCCAAGCUCACCGGGCCAGAAUCCUGCCUGGAGAAAAGGUGCUGAGGCUCCACUAUGCCAACUGCAAGGCGUACAAUGCUGAUUUUGAUGGUGAUGAAAUGAAUGCCCAUUUCCCACAGAAUGAGCUGGGUAGAGCAGAGGCCUACACCUUAGCCUUUACUGAUGAACAGUAUCUAGUUCCAAAGGAUGGCAAACCACUUCCUGGACUCAUCCAGGACCACAUGAUUUCUGGAGUCAGCAUGACAAUCCGGGGCUGCUUUUUCACAAGAGAGCAAUAUAUGGAGCUUGUUUAUCGAGGACUAACAGACAAAAAAGGAAGAAUUAAAACCUUUCCUCCUGCCAUUAUGAAACCACAACGAUUAUGGACAGGAAAACAGGUUGUUUCUACACUGCUAAUAAACAUCAUUCCAGAAAACCAUGUCCCACUGAAUUUGACUGGGAAAGCUAAGAUAGGUGGGAAAGCCUGGAUGAGGGGACCUGCAAACAGCUGUCUAAAUCUUGACUCACUGUGUGAAUCUCAGGUUAUUAUUAGAAGUGGGGAAUUACUUUGUGGUGUGUUGGACAAAGCUCACUUUGGCAGCUCUGCCUAUGGCCUGGUCCACUGCUGCUAUGAAAUCUAUGGAGGUGAAACCAGUGGAAAAGUGCUAACAUGUUUAGGACGUCUCUUUACUGCUUAUCUGCAGCUCUACAGGGGAUUUACAAUGGGGAUUGAAGAUAUCUUGGUUAAACCUGAAGCAGACCGCAAAAGACACAAAAUCAUCAAAAAGUCAAGCCAGUGUGGUAUUGAAGUUGUUAGAGCAGCUCUUAAUUUGCCAGAAACAUCAUCAUGUGAAGAUGUCCAAGGGAAAUGGCAGGAUGCCCAUCUCUGCAAAGACCAGAGGGAUUUUAACAUGGUUGACCUGAAAUUCAAGGAGGAAGUAAACAAUUACAACAAUGAAGUUAACAAGGUUUGCAUGCCGUUUGGUCUGCAUAGGAGCUUUCCUGAGAACAAUUUGCAAUUGAUGGUACAGUCAGGAGCCAAAGGAUCCACUGUAAAUACAGUACAGAUUUCUUGUUUGCUGGGCCAGAUUGAGUUGGAAGGUCGAAGGCCCCCACUGAUGGCAUCCGGCAAAUCUCUGCCGUGUUUCCAACCUUAUGACUUUUCCCCUAGCUCAGGAGGAUUUGUGACUGGCAGAUUUCUCACUGGGAUCAAACCUUCUGAAUUCUUCUUUCACUGCAUGGCUGGCAGGGAAGGUCUCGUGGAUACAGCUGUCAAAACCAGCCGUUCUGGGUACCUACAAAGGUGUAUCAUAAAGCAUUUGGAAGGACUGGUGGUUCAGUAUGACCUGACAGUACGGGACAGCGAUGGCAGUGUGGUGCAGUUUCUGUAUGGAGAAGAUGGGCUUGAUAUCCCUAAAACUCAGUUCUUACAACCCGAGCAGUUUCCUUUCAUUGCUGACAACUAUGAGGUGAUCCAGAAGACAAACCAUCUGAACGAAGCCUUAGCAAGGAUGGAGUCUCACCAAGCAAAGCAGCAGUUUAAAGCCAUCAGAAAGUGGUGGGCCAGGCACCAAAACUCUGUGCAAAGAGAAGGAGGUUUUCUGUUGUUUUCCCAGAAGAAAAUGGCAAGUGUAAAGACACAAAUCCCAGGAGGAGAAAGCAUAAAUGGAAGAGAUCCUGCUACUUUACAGUUAUUGAAGAUGUGGUAUGAACUAGAUGAGAAGAAACGAAGAAAGUAUCUAAAGAAGGCAAAUAAGUGUCCUGACCCAAGCCUUGCUGUUUGGCGUCCAGAUUCCUACUUUGCAUCUGUUUCAGAAACAUUUGAAAGUGGAGUCGAAGAUUAUAUCAACAAACGAGAAUGUAAGAGCAGAGGAGGUUGCAUGCAACCAGCACUUUCUUCCGAUAGAUUAAAGGAUUUGUUAUAUUUGAAGUGGCAACGAUCUCUUUGUGACCCAGGAGAAGCUGUGGGUCUUCUUGCAGCUCAGAGUAUUGGGGAACCUUCCACACAGAUGACUCUGAACACCUUCCAUUUUGCUGGCAGAGGUGAAAUGAACGUCACAUUGGGUAUUCCAAGGUUGCGGGAGAUCUUGAUGGUAGCCAGUGCAAAUAUUAAAACACCAAUGAUGAGUGUUCCUGUGCUCGGUACCAAGAAAGCUCACAAGAAGGUGAAACAGCUCAAGAAACAGCUCACAAGAGUGUGCUUAGCUGAGGUCUUGCAGAAAGUUGAGUUGGAGGAAUCCCUGCACUUAAAGAACAAGGAGAACAGCCAUCGCCUCUACAAAAUCAAAUUCUGCUUCUUGCCCUAUGAAUAUUAUCGAGAGGAGAAGUGUGUGAAGCCCAGGGACAUCUUACGCUUCAUGGAAACAAGGUUCUUUAAAAUUUUCCUGGAGGCCAUUAGAAGGAGGCGUGCAAAGAUGUCAUCUUUUACUGAAGUCAGUACCCGCAAAGCAACUCGUAAAGAUUUAGAAGGUGUUGGAGACAAGGCACAAAAUAAUCAAGAAGCUCCAGAAGGUGAGGAAGAAGAAAAGAUUGUUGAUGCAGAACCUGAUGAAGGGGAUGGUGAUGCUACAGAAGCAAAAAUGAGGAGGAACCAGGAAGAAGAGGUUGAUUAUGAGAGUGAAGAAGAGAAUGGGGAAGAAAAUACUGCUGAGAAUCCAGAAGAUGAAGAGGCUGAAUCAGAAAAGGAAGAGAGGGCCCAAGAUGCUGAUGAAGAUCAAAAUGGGGCAGAUGGCGAUGAUUCUCAACAUCUUCCCUUUAUGUCUCAGACUAAAAAAGAGAGAGAUCAAUUACUUAAGUCAGCAGAGGUGCGAGUAAAUGCUGUCCUGAACAGCCACCCAUCUAUACAGGACUACACAUUUGACACUGAAAAUGAACUUUGGUGUGAGGUUUCGUUGACGCUUCCAUUGAUGAAGGUGUACUUUGAUAUCUCCUCUUUGCUUCUUUCCCUCACACGAAACACGGUCAUACAUGAGGUGAAGGGGAUCACACGAUGUCUCUUGAAUGAAAGUACCAAUGAGAAAGGAGAGAAAGAACUCAUUCUGCACACUGAAGGGAUAAAUCUUGCAGAGCUGUUCAGAUACUCUGAUAUUUUGGACCUGAACAGACUUUAUUCCAAUGAUAUUCAUGCCAUGGCUAAGAAUUAUGGUAUUGAGUCUGCCCUGAGGGUCGUUAUAAAGGAAAUAAAAGAUGUAUUUGCUGUAUAUGGCAUUGUGGUAGACCCUCGGCACCUCUCGCUUGUGGCAGACUACAUGUGUUUUGAAGGAGUUUAUAAACCCAUGAAUCGCUUUGGAAUCCAAUCCAGCUCCUCCCCUCUGCAACAGAUGACAUUUGAAACCAGUUACAAAUUCCUGAAGGAAGCAACAAUGAUGGGUGCCCACGAUGAACUGAGAUCCCCUUCUGCAUGCCUGGUGCUCGGAAAAGUUGUUAAAGGAGGGACUGGUUUGUUUGACCUCAAGCAACCCCUCACGUAGCGUUUUGCCUGUAAGGAUUCUGAUUGCUAUGUUCAUCAUGAGAAGUAUUUGUAUGUAUGUAUGCGCUCUACAGCUGUGCCUACAGUAUCUGUAAUGAGCACACACGUGCUGUGUCUCGAAUCAUCUUUCCUGUGCCAACAGAUCUAUUAAUCUGGAUACCUGAUGAGCCUAAUUUCUUUAAUGACAUUGUUUGCACCUAUAGGAGCAAAAGGAACGUUUCCAAAGAACCAUUUACUCACUGUUCUCAUUUUUUAUUUUUUACAUAGAAAGAAAUAAAAUGGAGGAGACCAUCUGGGUCUCACAAAGGCAGAAAUCAAAGUAGAAUCUCUUUAUGGGGCCUGAAUUUUGCAGGGCAGAAUGCUGGGUGGGUGGUGGCAGUUGCCACAUGGCUGUGGCACUGUUAGUACAAUCCUUCAUCAGCCAAAGACAUGAAUACAGAAGCUCCUAUAGGCAUCUUCCACUGCCUACACGUGGAACAGCUCCUGACACAGUGAGAAGCCCUAUAUUUGAUAAAGGUUUUUUGUUCAGAAGUGGCAGCAUGAGCAGCUGCAACACCGGCUGUACUCAACGGUCCCAGAAGAGUUACUAACACAGAGGUUUUUAAACUAUUUCUGCUUAAUAUUUUGUAUCAAAAAGGGUUACCUAAUAAAGGAUGUGGCAAAGA